AUAAAAUAAAAUGAAUGAAGAAAUAGAAUCUCAUAUUUUAAGGAAAUUUGAAAUAUUACAGAAAAUUGGUAAAGGAGCAUACGGUAUCGUAUGGAAAGCAAUUGAUAAAAAAAUAAAAUAAACAGUAGCUUUAAAAAAAGUUUUUGAUGCAUUUCACAAUCCAACAGAUGCACAAAGGACUUUUAGAGAAGUUAUGUUUUUACAAGAAUUAAAUGGACAUGAUAACAUAAUAAAAUUAUUGAAUAUAUUAAAAGCAGAAAAUAAUAAAGAUUUAUAUUUAGUAUUUGAUUUUAUGGAGACAGAUUUACAUGCCGUAAUUAGGGCAAAUAUUCUAGAAGAAAUCCAUAAAAAAUACAUCAUGUAUUAAAUUCUUAAAGCUUUAAAAUAUAUACAUUCUGGAGAACUAAUACAUAGAGAUUUGAAACCUUCUAAUAUCCUUUUAAGUAGUGAUUGUCAUAUAAAAAUAGCCGAUUUCGGACUCGCACGUUCCAUAGCAAUAAAAGAUGAAGAAAAAUAUCCUGUUUUAACCGAAUAUAUAGCCACAAGAUGGUAUAGAGCACCUGAAAUUCUAUUAGGGAGUAGCAAAUAUUCCAAAGAAGUUGAUAUGUGGAGCGUAGGAUGCAUUUUGGGUGAAUUAUUUAUUGGAAAAUCAAUAUUUCCAGGAGCUAGCACUCACAAUUAGAUUGAAAGAAUAUUAGAAUUAACAGGGAUGCCUUCUUAAGAAGAUAUAAAAAGCAUGUAAAGUGAAGUUGCAUCGAGUAUAUUAAAUUCCAUUAAUAUUGGAAAAAAGAAAAGUUUUGAGUAGUUUUUUCAUGGAACAUGUAGUUAAGCAAUGGAUUUGUUAAAAAAAAUGCUCAUUUUCAACCCAAAUUUAAGAAUAACAGCUGAAUAGGCAUUAGAACAUCCUUUUGUGGCAGAAUUUCAUAAUCAGGAAGAGGAGUUUGUAUGUAAUAAACCUAUUGAAAUUCCAAUUAAUGAUCAUGAAAAAUAUUCAAUUAAAAAAUAUAGAGAAACCCUUUAUAAUGAUAUAAAUUAAAGAAAAAAAGAAUAAAGAAAAAAAUGGUAAGAAAAGUAUUUUUAAUAAUUGGGUGUAGAAAAUUAAAAAUAUGAAUGUCAUUUAUUAAAAUAGUAGAAUAUUUGCAAUGAUUAAAAAAUGUAAAUGAUUUAAUAAUAAGAAAAUUAAAAAAAUAAAUAAUAAAAAGCGCUUGAAUUUCAAAAAUAUACUUAAUAAAUUUAAAAAAACCAAAGGAAAAAUGCAAUUUAUACAUAAAGUAUUGUUUAAUAAUAAUAAAUAUAGUAAUAGCAAUAAUAAUAAUAAUAAUAAUAAUAAAAAUAAUAAUAAUAAUAAUAAUAAUAAUAAUAAUAAUAUCAAUAAUAAUAGUAAUAAUAAUAAUAUUAUUAUUAAAAUAAAUUUAAUGUUAAUAACAGUAAAAAAUUAAUACUAAUGUUAUUAAUAAUUAAAUUAGCAAUAGCAAGCAUAAUAAAUUUAAAUUUAAUAAUAAUAAAAUAGUUUACCCAAAUAGUAAAGUUUUAUACAAUAAAGUUCUAAAUAAUUUCCAUAAUUAUACUAAAAAUAAUAAUCUCUAUCACCAAACCAUAAUUUUUUUUAAUAAUAAAAAUCUUAAAGUACAAUACAAAUUAAUUAAUAAUAACCAAAAAUAUAUUAAUAAUAAAAUAUAUUUAAACAUAAUCUAGUUUAAAAAAAAAAUUACUUUUUAUAAUAAUUAUGUAAGUGAUAUUCCAUCAUUCAAUAAAUAAUAAUUAAAAUAAAUGCAAAACUUUAAUAAUGAUUCUAAUAAAUAUCAAUAAAACGAAAUAUAGAAUCAGUAAUUUAAUAAUUAUUCAAAUUAUCAAAUUUCGCCUAAAUUGUAAUAAUAAAUAAUAAAAUAAAAAAAUAAUAUAAUACCGAAGUUUAAUAAAGUAUCAUGAAAAUCAGAUAUAGGCAUAUUUGUUAUUUUACAUAAGAAUUAAUGUAUUAAAAUAUUUAUUAUCUCCUUUUUUUUUUUUUUGA